AUGAACUCGUCAUCUCCUGCAGGAUCGCCUGUCAAGGAGGACAUUGAACUGCCAGAUGCCGGUCUUCCUGACGCCGCACCCAAUGGUGAUGCUAAAGUCGCCCUCGAGGAUCUCUUCGACCAAGAGGACUCCGAUAAUGAAUUUCCCACGUCAAGCGCCAUGCCAUCAUCCCCUCCAACACAAACGCCUCCCGCUUCAGCGCCCUCCGCGCCAGCUGCUGCUCAAUCGGAGUCAUACUCAGAUCCCAACAUCAUGAGGCAGUUCUACGACCGUCUAUUUCCCUUCCGAACCUUGUUCCACUGGCUGAAUCAUUCCCCGAAGCCUGGACCUGACUUUGGCAACCGCGAGUUCGCCUUCACUUUGUCUAACGAUGCCUACCUACGAUACCAGUCCUAUCUCACACACGAUUUGCUCAAGAAAGACAUCCUUCGCUUGAACCCAUCGCGUUUCGAGAUUGGCCCAGUGUACACUACAAAUCCAAGAGACAGAAAGACUUUGAGAAAAAGCUCCAUGUUCAAGCCACUGAGCAAAGAGAUUGUUUUCGAUAUCGAUCUAACGGAUUACGACGACAUUCGAAGCUGCUGUACCAAAGCAAACAUCUGUGGCAGGUGCUGGUCCUUUGCAACUAUGGCUAUCAGGGUUGUCGACGUCGCUCUACGUGACGAUUUCGGGUUUGAGCAUAUCAUGUGGGUCUACUCGGGACGGAGAGGUGUACACGCCUGGAUCAGCGACAAAGAAGCACGAGAAUUGGACGACGAGAAACGAAAAGCAAUCACUGGGUAUUUCGAAGUGCUCAAAGGUGGUGUGCAGGGCGGUAAACGUGUCAAUCUUCGACGACCACUCCAUCCGCACAUCGUCCGUAGUCUCGAAAUCCUCAAACCUCACUUCCAGCAAGUGCUCGCCGAUCAGGAACCUUUCCAGUCAGAUGCAGGGCAGGAACGACUACUUCAACUGCUUCCCGACAAGGCGUUGAACGAUGCUCUUCGCAAGAAAUGGGCCAGCAGUCCAGACCGUUUGAGUGCUCGGAAGUGGGCGGAUAUUGACGCCCUCGCUGCAACUGGUAUAAGCAAAACUCUGGACACCAAGGCGCUCAGGGAGGCUAAGCAGGAUAUUCUUCUGGAAUACACCUAUCCACGGUUGGAUGUGGAGGUCGGAAAGAAGCGCAAUCACUUGCUCAAGAGUCCUUUUGUUGUCCAUCCAGGCACAGGUCGUGUCUGUGUACCCAUCACCGCUUCCGGAGACAUGAGCCAGGCAGAAGAGUUCGAUCCUCUGACUGUACCAAAGGUCACUGAGCUGCUCAAUGAAGUCGAUGCGUACGGUAAAGUCAAUGGUGAGGUCCAAGUGGGUGACUCCAACCUCGUGCCUGACGGAGUUUCUGUGCGGCAAACACCAGAUUGGGAGAAGACCAGGCUCAAGCCGUAUGUGGAGGCUUUCGACGCUUUCGUACGCUCACUCAUGAAGAGUGAGACGGUUCGUGUCAAGAGAGAACGUGAUGAGGACGGUCAUACUGGUGCUGAUGGGAUGGAAUUUUAG